AACUUCUACAAAAGUGGGCAAUUGAAGUGCCAGAACAAGAAGCGUGUGUUUUUUUAUAACUUUGGCAAGCCAAGAACUUCUAUCACCUAUGAAAAACUGUACCAGGAUGCAGUAUUGCUGGCAAAAGGACUUUUGCAGCUUGGAAUAAAUAAGGGCGACGUAAUAGGAAUAGGUGGAAACAACACUAUUGAAUGGCUAGUGAGUACGUUUGGUGCACAGCUUGCAGGGGCGUGUCCCUUACACUUCAAUUUUCAUGACAAGUCUGGGGAGAGCAGAAAAAGAAUUAUCAGCAAAGUUGGAGGCCGUAAAAUGCAAAUUUUUGAUCCUGGAGACAAUGACGUUCACUGGGAAAUAUAUCAAAAAUUCCUACAAGUGGAUCCCAAAAUUGGUGUUGUCGGCUCUGAUCUACCAUCUGUAAAAUGGGUCGUGUUACAGACACCUCUGCAGUCUUCUGACGCUUGUUUUACGAAAGAAGAUGUUUAUGCCACGGAGAAUAUGAAGUUACCAGAAGUAGACCCAGAUGACACAGGUGCUAGUAUUCUUACAUUCGGGAGUACAGGAUUACCAAAGGCUGUACAAUAUAGUCAUCAUCGUAUUAUUGAAUAUGUAUAUAAUCUACUACAUGCAGGUGGCUGAGAUGGUAAGGAAGAUGGACAGUUUUCAUUGUACAAUGAUCGGCCAUUUUAUUGGAUAGGGGGAUACCCGAGUGUAGCUCUUGUAAGAGGAGGAAAACUUAUAACCCAGCAGAAUACUCUUCUAUUCCCAAGUAUUGCAAAGGCUAUGGAAUACACCUCAAGUAUAAUAGAGGAAGCAAGGCCCAAAAUCGCUGUUAUUGUCGUUCCUUUCCUUAUGGAACUACUAAUGACAGAAGAUGUUUCUUGGAAAAUUCCAACAGUUUUCACGGGAGGUCAGCCUGUCCCGGCCUCUUGCUUAUCAGCCAUCGGGAAAAGAUGCGACGCCCUUUUAGUUCUGUACGGCUCAACAGAAACUAGUUUUACAGCUGGAAGGCUGUAUACCUCGCCUAAUGACAAAUGCAUUGGUCUAUCGCCGUUA